AUGCGCCAGGAUGCCUACGAUCACGACGACCUGGAUGAGGAGGAAUACGACGACGACGAGGAAUACGACGAGGAGGACCGCGACGAGGAGGACGAGGACCGCGAAGAGGAUGAAGAGGAAGACGAGGACGAGCAGGGCGGGGACGAACACGAUCCCUCGGGGCUUCAGGCGCUCCUACGUCGCCUCGGCGGCGGGCUGGAGGAUAUGAUCCCCGCCGCGGGCCAGACACGCGGCCGCCUGAAGGAGAUCCUCGGCGGACUCCGCGCAGAUGGCGACGACACCCGACAGAUCAUGGCGCUAAACGAGCUGUGCGAGCUGCUCGUCAUCUCAUCAGAGGAGUCCCUCAUCACCCUGUCCGUCGACGCUUUCGUGCCGGUGCUGGUGAACCUCAUGCAGAUGGAGCAUAACCCCGAUUGCAUGCUGCUCGCGGCGCGCGCGCUGACGUCGAUGGCUGACAUCUUGCCCAACUCCCGCGGCGCCAUCGUCCACUACGGCGCGCUGCCCGCGUUUUGCAGCAGGCUGCUCACCAUCGAGUACAUCGACCUCGCGGAGCAGUCCCUGCAAGCGCUGGAGAAGCUGUCGCAGGACCACGGAUCGAGCUGCCUGCGCGAGGGGGCGAUGAUGGCCUGCCUGAGCUACCUCGAUUUUUUCUCGCUCGGGAUGCAGCGCGUGGCUCUGCAGACAGCGGCAAACGUGUGCCGCCAGUUGCCUGCCAGCGACUGCUGGGAUCAGCUCUCGGACUCGGUGCCAGUUCUCACUAAUCUGCUCAUGCACGAUGACGCGCGGCUGGUUGAGAGCGCGUGCACCUGUCUGACGCUCAUCGCGGCGAACCUGAGCUCUCAGCCGCAGCAGCUUCAGGCGCUCUGCUCUCACGGAUUGAUUCCCAACGCGACGCGCCUCAUAUCCCCCUCGGGCUCGGCCACGGCGGCACCCGUCGGCGCGUCGACGUAUCACGGUCUGAUCCGUCUCAUCGGCACGUGCUGCAAGGGUUCGGCUGACGUGGCCGAGCAGCUGCUCAGAAACGGGCUGCCGGGAACCCUAAAGUCAGUACUCGCCGGCUGCAAAGUUCUCGCCAGCUCGACCGCUUCUGCUUCGCCUGCUUCACCGAUCGUGUCGGCGGAUCAACUCCUGGAGGUGACGACGUUGGCCAACCAAUUGCUACCCUCGAUUCAACCCGGAAGCGGAGCCUCUGAGUCGCCCCUUGAGUCCCUGGGCAUUGACGCUGCGCCGGAGCUGCUUCGCGAGUACGGAUCCAAUCUCACGUCGUCCCUCAUGCAGGUGGUGGUCGCGUCUGUCGGCACAAACGUCAAGCUUCAGUGCCUGGCGGCUCUUGCCAAGUUUUUGCACCACGCACCACCUGAGAUGCUCAUCUCCGGAUCGGCCGCGCUUCAGCCCGGACAGAUGGCGUCGUUCCUGGCAGGGUUGGUGUCGUCUCGAGACGGAGCCAUUGCUCAGGUGGCCCUGUACAUCGUGGACCUCCUCAUGCAAAAACUACCGGAUACCUUCAGUCGCGCGUUCAGGAAGGAAGGUACAGUCCACGCAAUUGAACAGCUUUGCGAGAUGCACGCCGCGAGCAACGACGGUUCCGGCGACAGCAAGGGGUCAAGUGGUGACAUCACCCCGCGCGGACAGGUGGUGCCGUCUGGCGUCGGAAGUGGCAGCGCUGCAUCAAUCGUUGCGAGGAUGGCGCUGACAAACUCUGGCCGGAAAAUGUCCGACACUCCUCAGCGCCGCGCUGCCAUGGAUCGCGCCGUCAGCCUACGUGCAGCUCACUUCAGCGCGGCAGCUACGGGUGGAACAGUUGAGCGUCUCCAGAGUGUGUGCGCUCCGCUCCGUAACGCCGGUCAGGACCCCUUGAAGGCGACGGCGGUUGCAAUGAAGUUUCUCAACACUCUCGACGAGGGUGAAGGAACGUCAACAUUCGAGCUUAUCGAGAGCGGUGGUGUCGAGGCGCUGAGCUCGUUUCUGACGGGCUCCGACUUACCCAAAGGAGACGGAUGGAGCGAUUCAAUUUCUGCUCGCCUGUCGGCUUUUGUGCGAGCUGCUUCAACGGAUCUCCCGCCGCGGGCCAUAAGCUCUCUAACGGAGCGACUUCUUGAAGCGCUGGCUGUAACCGAGACUUUACCCAUGCAGCUUAGCGCCGGUGCGAGAGCAGGGGCGGGAGCGGGGGCGGCAGGAGACGGGCUCAGCAUCCUUGCCCGUCCCUUCAAGCUUCGCCUGCGCCGCGCCUCUGGCGAGCGAGCGGAGCUAAAGGACUACGCUUCCAACAUCAUACUGGUCGAGCCACUAGCCACCCUCAACGCCAUCGAGGAUUUCCUCUACCCCCGGGUGCACAAGCCCCCGUCGGGUCCCGCGACGCCGGCGGGGGGAGCCUCCGCAUCCGGCACCGCGCCCACCCGUCGCUCUGGUCGGCUCGCCAGCGGCGCGGAGAGCAUGGACGCAAACGAGGAGGAAGAGGAGGACCACGAGAUGCGAGGGGACGAGGAGGAAGAAGGUGACGGCGAGGAAGACUUCGAUGACGAGGAGCUGGAUGACGAGGAGGACGGAGAGGAGGACGCGCCCACCGCGGAUGAUGUGGCGGCGGCAGCACCGCCCCGGCUGCUGUUCCGCGCGCCCGGAGUGGGUCCCUUCCAUCCGUCGACGAGCGUGUUGCAGGCCAUUCACGCCGCUGCGUUGCACGCUUCAGCCGCAGCAGAAGGGGACGAGCAAGGUGAUGGACACGAGGACGAGACUGCUGACGCGGCUGAGGCUCUCGCGGCGCUCGGAUCCGUGGAGCGUCGCGCGGCUUUGGGGGGUGUUCUCUCCGCCCUGCGCGGCAAGUUGUGCGAUCGCGAGAGCGUUGCGAACGUAUCGGAUGCCACACGAUCGAUUCUCACCGUCCUUUCGGUGUUGCACACGGUUUCAACGUCUGCGUCCAGAAUCAUCAAUCUCGGGGAGCAGGUUGAUGACGUGAAGGUGACGGCACUUUCGCUUCCAGCGGAUGCGUUCCUCAGCUCCAAGCUGGCCGGUAAGAUGGUGCGGCAGCUCCAAGACGCCCUGGCUCUUUGCAGCGGUAGCUUGCCCACUUGGUGCACCACCCUGGCGCGAGCGUGUCCUUUCCUGUUUCCUUUUGAGGUGCGGCAGCAGCUCUUCUACUGCACCACGUUUGGUCUCGCCCGCGCGCUUCACCGCAUGCACGGCCAGUCGCAGGACAACAACGGUGGCGGAGGCGGACGCGACCUCCGUGUUGGUCGCCUGCAGCGACAAAAGGUCCGCGUAUCUCGACAGCGAAUUCUGGAGUCUGCGAUGAAGGUGUACGAGAUGCCGGGCGCACAUAAGAUGGUUCUCGAGGUUGAGUUCUUUAACGAGGUUGGCACGGGAACCGGACCCACGCUGGAGUUUUACACGCUCAUGUCCAAGGAGGUUACCCAGCGCUCGCUCAAGGCUUGGAGGGACGCGCCCGUUGACGGCAAGCCCGGUCCCGCCGACGGGUUCGUGAACGCACCCCACGGAUUGUUCCCCGCACCCGUCUCUGCGAAGGACUUUGACGCGACGGUGCCGGGAGCCCCCGGCGGGAUCAAGCGCGGCGAUCUUUUCAGGAUGCUCGGUCGCGCGGUCGGUAAGGCUCUCCAGGAUGGAAGGCUACUCGACAUGGCACUCAGCCCGGUGUUCUUCCGCGCCGUUUCAGGCCGCACGCUCGCGUUGGAUGACCUCGCGGAGGUGGAUCCUGAGCUUGGCCGCACCCUGUCACAGCUGUCCGCAGCCGCGAAACGCAUCGACGCGCUCAAGAGAUCGGGCGCUGCCGAGAAGGAGUGGCGCGCCAUAACCGUGGGCGGCGCAGCCGUGGAGGAUUUGUGCCUGACUUUUACCCUCCCCGGUGACGACACCUUCGAGUUGAUGCCCGGCGGAGCGGAGGUUGCGGUGACGGCGGAGAACCUCGGCGAUUACGUCGCCGCCGUGGUUGACGCGUCCGUCGGAGGCGGCAUCUCGCGUCAGCUCGACGCGUUCCGUGGCGGCCUCGCGGAUGUACUUCCUCCCGUCGCGCUCGGCAUGUUUACCGAGCCUGAGAUUGACCGCAUGCUCUGCGGUCAGGGCCAGGCUUGGACCCCCGAGCUGCUGGGCGAGUGCAUGACGUACGACCACGGGUACAACGCCCAGUCCCCGCCCAUCAAGGCUCUCGUCGAGGUGAUGUGCGGAUACGGUCCGGAAGAGCAGCGAGCGUUCCUGCGCUUCGUUACCGGCGCGCCGCGUCUUCCUCCGGGGGGUCUGGCUGCGCUGCAGCCCAGGCUCACGGUCCCGCUGUCAUCCGGGACGACGCUGGCGGACGCCGACCUGCCCUCCGCGAUGACGUGCGCGAGCUAUCUCAAGCUGCCGCCUUACAGCUGCGUCGACGUUCUCAAGGAGCGACUCGGUUACGCGAUCACCGAGGGGAUCGGGUCUUUUGACUUGAGCUAG